CAGCAAGCCAUUACAUGCAGAUUCAUUGCAGAAGCAUACAAGAGAGAAGAGUUGUCUUUUCGCACAUGAUAAUGUUCAAACUUUUGUUUUAAAUUUUCGUAAUUCUGAAACAACCCUCUCUGAUGUUUCUUGGAGCUUUUGUUUUGUUUAUAUGCUUGCAGCAACGAAAGAGACCCAUUAAAGUAGAGAGACAGGUAGUCAUAUAAUAAUUAUCUGGGCCAGGCUGCUUGGCAAAGUAUACAAGAACCAACGGCAAUGCCAAGCCGCUGCGUUGCUAAUGGCUGUGGGAAGUUCAGCGGGCAGAAUGUCUCAAUGUUCAGAUUUCCUAGGGAUCCAGAUGAGUUCCACACAUGGGAGAAGCAGGUCCAGAAAACCCGAAAGAACUGGAUGGCCAAGUCUUUCUCCUAUUUAUGCUCUGAGCAUUUUACCAAGGACUGCUUUGAGCCUCCAUCUGUUGUUCCCGGUAAGCCAGGAUUCAAAGGACUGAGACUAAAGGAGGGUGCUGUCCCUACUGUUUUUAUCCGACCACCAUGCACUAACUGUGGAGGUAACGAUGCUUCCUGUACCAUAUGUGCUGCAAAAGUAAUAAGACACAACGGACCACAUGAGUCAAAUGGACAGAGACUGGCCUCCAUAAACAUCAACACGGACACAAUGAGGCAGAAUGAGGGAAGAGCAUUAGAUGAAGCUGACAUGCAACUUUACUCUGGCGGUGAACAUGUUAGAAGUCUUGAAGCAGACAAAGAUGAAAUAGUGCUGUGUGAAAUGUGUGGAACUCCUGGCACCAGGGACACCUUCUUCUCCAGGUCCAAGCGCUUCUGCAGUAGAUCAUGCUCUCGGUCGUACUCCUCUAAAGCAAAGAAAUCAUCAGUUCUUGCACGGCUACAGGGAAAGCCACCCAUGAAAAAGAAACAACAAACACUGGCUCUGAAACCACAGUCUGAGGUGUCCGCUCCAAAGACAAAUGAGCAGCAGAGCAGAGCUUUUGGACAGGAUGCGACUUUAGCUGGAUUUGACUGGGGUAGUUACCUUGAGAAAAAUGGCUACCUUGCUGCCCCUGUGUUCUGCUUCAGACAUGCGCCGCUCUGUGCUCAAUGGGACGACAUCUGUGUGGGCUUAAAAGUGGAGGUUCUCAACUCUUACACAACCUUGCACACUAAAGUGUACUGGAUCGCAACUAUAGUACUGCUGGCAGGCUACAAGGCUCUUUUGCGCUUCAAGGGCUUUGAGGAUGAUGACAGCCGUGACUUUUGGUGUAACUUGGGCACAGCAGAUGUUCAUCCUAUAGGCUGGUGUGCGGUGAACAGCAAGCUCCUUGUCCCACCACAAGAGAUCCACCAGAAGAUCGAAGACUUGAAAUCUUACCUGAUGGAGCGAUUGGUUGGAGCAGACACACUUCCUGUCGACUUUCACGUCAAGAUGGCAGACAGUAUGAGGUGUCCCUUCAGGCAGGGGAUUCGGGUGGAGGUGGUUGAUCGUUCGCAGGUGAGGCGUACCCGUUUGGCAGUGGUGGAUACAGUGAUUGGAGGUCGGCUCAGGCUGCUGUAUGAGGACGAGGGGCUGGGAGCUUCAGGCGAGGUUCUCUCGGAUUUCUGGUGUCACAUGCAGAGUCCUCUAGUACACUAUGUGGGCUGGUCUGAAAGAGUGGGCCACUCCAUAAAACGAACAGAUCCGAAUGUCAACAUGGGCACCCAUCCUGCUUUUCACAAGCCCCUUCAAGACAGUGUGCCACAUCAGUUCAAGAGGUUAAGGACUGUCUACAUGGGCGAAACGUUUUUUGAGGAAGGGAUGAAACUUGAAGCAGUUGAUCCUCUGAACCUCGGGAACAUCUGCGUGGCAUCAGUCCGUAAGGUGUUGCUAGAUGGAUACAUCAUGGUUGGCAUUGACGGUGUCGAGAUCGGUGAUGGAUCUGACUGGUUUUGCUACCAUGCCAGUUCAUAUGCCAUCUUACCUGUAGGAUAUUGCCAGGACAACAACAUACCGCUUACUGUACCUACUGGUUAUGUUCAAGCAACAUUCACAUGGCCAAAAUAUUUAGAAGAAACAGGAACUGUGGCUGCUCCAGGAAGACUUUUCAACACGGAUGAUAUAGGUCAUUGCUUUACCUCUGGUAUGAAGCUAGAGGCAGUGGACCUUAUGGAGCCACGGCUGGUGUGCGUGGCCACUGUCAGGCGUUGUGUUGGCCGGCUUCUCCUCCUGCACUUCGAUGGCUGGGAGCCUGAGUUUGAUCAGUGGGUGGACUGUCAGUCACCUGAAAUUUAUCCUGUGGGCUGGUGUGAAAUCACUGGGUACCAGCUGCAGCCACCCAUUGGCCCAGAACCCCCCCAGAGUCAGGAACGCCCCAACCCAAGCAAAAAGGCAAAGCCUUUCCUUGGCAAAAGGAGGCGAAGAUUUGUGAAGAAAAACAUAAACAUCAAAAAGUCAUCUAAAGUCCAGCCUCGUCAGCCCAGUGAGAAUCCAGAAAUAAAUGUCACACAAGAGGACCCCUCUGUCAUACCCUCCAUCACCUUACAAAUAAAGACAGAGCCAGAGGAAAAGAUUAUUGCAGUAAAAGUAAAGGUGGAGGAGAUGGAAAUCCCAAUAUUACCCAGCAAAGAAAGCGAAAACCAGGAGGCCUUCACAGCUGUCAAACAAGAAGACAGCUCAGUUUAAGACAUUUCCUGUGCAGCUGAAAGUUCUUUAUGGAUCACUAUAAAACUAUACUUUUUAUUUCAUGAACAGUAGUUAGUUUAUUAACCAUUGUUUAUUAGUUUAAAAAGUGUGUAAAUAACAUAAUAUUGGUAUAUUC